AUGAUCAACGAAGAGCUCAUCCAGCUGUCGACCUCAGUUCCAUACCUUUAUCCACCAUACCAUCUGGAGAACGUGGUCGGAUUCGGUCGACGCACACAGGGUUUGGCUUGGGCCACAAUGAUACGAAGUCUCUUCAGUCUCAGCUCACUAGUUGUAUUAUUUCAGAGAUCUGUUCACCCACCAUCGCUUCCUUCUAUCACUUCUAACAAAGGUCUCAUAGCUUAUUCGGGCUUCAACCACGCGCAUCAACAGUGGUUGGGUCCUGUUGAGCCACCGGCGGUUUGUAUUGAUUGUGCGAAUCCUAGCCACAGCGUACCUGCUCAUUGCUCGCAUGCAUCCUCGCAACUGUAUCCUGUCAACUCGACAAUAGAGAUGUCCCUGGCCCAUAGAGAACAUAAAGGCGUUGUCAGAGAUGAUAGUCCCCUGCAGACGCCACGUGGAGGACCCGAAGGGCCUUUUUCUGAUCAGGCUUUACACUGUCGUUCAAUGCCAACCUAUAAAGGAAAGCACAAAGACAUUGUUGAGCAGCGGACCUCGGGCAGAUCAAUUAACGGCACGGGUAGUCAUGUUGGAGGUAAUGGCUUCCUAAGAAUUAUGCCUGCAGACAUCGACCCUUUCCUGAAGUUAGAAGGGUUUGCUCGCACUAUCGAAACACUCUAUUUACAGGAUGCGCUGUGGCAGCCAUUGAGGAGACAGGAUACAUCUCUCGGUCCCUUCUUUUCGGCCGUUGAUCACGAUAAUGUUCCUGGAAAUGCAACAACGUGGAUCUCCGCUUGGCUUACAAUUCGCCCACGGACUGACGCUGUUACUGGCAUCUCAAUCAAUCAUUUUCAUCCUCCUCCUGAAUUUUUCUCCACUACACAAGACCGCGAAUGGGACAAAUUCGCUGCAGGUGGUCCCUCUCUUGUAUUUGAGAUUCUUCUUGGAUUGCGCCACUGCCACUUCAGAGCUACGCGGGAAGAAAUUGUCAUGACGGCAAAUUGCAUAGUUGAUAUACUUCAGGAUAAAGAGAAAUUUCGCCGUAUGAUUGCAAGGCUUUACAGUCGGUUGGAAGCUCAGAAGAACCCUCUUGUGACUACCCAAAUCGUUCGCCCAUCCGCCAGUGACAUCCAAAUUUACAUGGACCCCAGCUUAACGACGUUGGAUGCAAAUCAUUUCCAAGCAAUUUCGAAAGAAGACCCCAAGCUUCCGGGAUCUAGUUUGUCCAUCCAUACUACGGAAAAUAGCGAACUCGCCCAGGAAUUACUACCUAGCCUUCAGGGCUACACACCAGAUGUAUCGCGCAAACGCUCUAUUGCGCCCCCUCCCCCACAAGACCCGAAGAGGAUGAAGGUUGAAGACGAAAAUUCCCAGGGCGAGUAA